AUGAGGUUCUCAAAAGUGACGAACCCCAUUUGGGAGCUCUUGAUGGAGAUGUUCAUUCCUGGUGAUGGAUCAAACUCUUACAAGCCUGGUGCACUGCAGACCCCAUUUACUAAGUGUAACAUUAGAGGUUCCAUAGUUCUUCACUGGGGUUUAUCCAAGUUUGUCUUUGGUGGAGUGGUUGUUUCUGUUAAUUCUUUGGAAUUGGUUGGUGGAGAAGGGAAAGGCAGUAUGAAAUGGUUACUUGAUGAGGUAGCACAACAUGAAAAGGAGGCCGAGAGGUCCUUGAUGCACAGGCGCUCUUGAACUGAUUUAUACUGGCAGACACUGAAUGCAAAUGGGUUGACAAAAGAGAAACUUCUCAGUUAUGACCGUCUAUUUACAUCAGAGCCUCGUUUCAGAAGAGAUGCUAAAGAGGGUCUCAUAUGUGACCUUACCGUGUAUUUGAAGGCAUUAAGAAAUAACUGGGAUCUCGGACUGAACUCCACUGAUUCCUGUUGACAAGUCAUGG